AUGGCCCUCAAGAAUGGGCAGGCAAGCAGCGUCAGCCUUGCAGCCAUGGCUUCCGAGAACAGUAGGAGCUCUGAAUCAUUAAGUGACAAAGGUUCCGAAUUGAAGAAAAGCUUUGAUGCUGUGGUACUUGAUGUUCUUAAGGUUACACCAGAAGGAUAUGUGGGUCAGAUAACACUAAUGGAUGUUCCAGUAUUUAAAGCUAUUCAACCAGAUGAGCUUUCAAGUUGUGGAUGGAAUAAAAAAGAAAAAUACAGUUCUGUGCCAACUGCUGUUGCUUUCACAAGAAGAUUUAAUCAUGUAAGCUUUUGGGUUGUUAGAGAGAUUCUUCAUGCUCAGACAUUAACGAUUAGAGCAAAAGUUUUGAGUCACUGCAUGAAAACUGCAAAGAAACUGUAUGAGCUGAAUAACCUUCAUGCACUUAUGGCAAUGGUUUCUGGCUUACAGAGUGCCCCAGUUUUCAGGUUGACUAAGACAUGGGCAUUACUAAGUCGAAAAGACAAAACUACCUUUGAAAAAUUAGAGUAUGUGAUGAGUAGAGAGGAUAACUACAAAAGACUCCUAGACUAUGUAAGUAGCUUAAAGAUGACACCUUGCAUCCCCUAUUUAGGCAUUUAUCUGUCAGAUUUAACAUGCAUUGAUUCAGCGUACCCAUCAACUGGCAGCAUUCUACAAAACGAGCAAAGAUCAAAUUUAAUGAAUAACAUUCUUAGGAUAAUUCCUGAUUUACAGCAGUCCUGUGAAUAUGAUAUUCCCUUGUUGCCUCAUGUUAAAAAACAUCUGAACUCUGUUCAGUGUAUAGAACUGCAAAAGUUUGUGGAAGAUAAUAAUUACAAGCUUUCAUUAAAGAUAGAACCAGGAACAAGCACACCACAUUCUGCUGCCUCCAGGGAAGAUUUAGUAGGUCCUGAAGUGGGGACAUCGCCACAGAGUGGGAGGAAGAGUGUGGCCACUGAAGGAGCCUUGCUACCACAGACACCCCCACCCCACUCCCCACGGAAUCUGAUUCCAUGUGGACAUAGGAAGUGCCAUAGCUUGGGUUAUAAUUUCAUUCAUAAAAUGAACACAGCAGAGUUUAAGAGUGCAACAUUCCCAAAUGCAGGGCCAAGACAUCUGAAACCCCAUGCACCAUCUCAAGGCCAAGUUGGAAGUUCUACUCUUUCUAGUGCCAUAUCAAAAGGCAGCAAUGAUGGUUCUGAACUAAGUGAAGAGACAUCAUGGCUUGCUUUUGAAAGUUCUGCAGAAUCAGAAGAUUUGGCAGUGCAUGUAUAUCCAGGCGCGGUUACUAUUCAAGGUGUUCUCAGGAGAAAAACUUUGUUAAGAGAAAGCAAAAAAUCUACAGUAGCAGCUUGGACAAAAUACUGGGCAGCUUUGUGUGGGACACAACUUUUUUACUAUGCUGCCAAAUCUCUAAAGGCUACAGAAAGAAAACAUUUCAAGUCAAUGUCAAAUAAGGAUGUGCUUGUGGUCGGCUGGAUGGUGAUGAUGGCUGACGACCCGCAGCACCUGGACCUCUUCUUGCUCACGGAUUCCAAGAAAGCAAAUUCAUACAAGUUUCAAGCUGGCAAUAGGAUGAAUGUGAUGCUGUGGUUUAGGCAUCUGAGUGCAGUCCAAAGUAACAAACAACAGGUUCCUACAAACUUGAUGACUUCUGAGUAG